GUCCCCCGUUACCGCUUCACUCCCAAUUCCCUCUGCUCAUAUUCCUAGAUCGUUGCUCGAGGCUGCGGGAUACAAAUAUGGCUUCUGAAAGCCCGAAGGAUUUGCCUGUUCGGCCCGCAGAGGGCGCGAAAUCCGCAGGUGUCGACUCACUCCCUGACUUUAUGGUUGAGCGCAAUAAUCUAUUCGAAGACCUCUGGCAGGAACACCUUGAGGAACUGAAGAACAAGCCGCAUCCCGAAAUAAAUGUCACCCUUGAGCUUGGCGACGGAAAUACCUCCAGCAUCCCUGCGAAGGCUUGGGAAACCACACCAGCACAGCUGCUCAAGCAUGUCCCGAAGGAACUGAGCGCCAGUAUCGUUAUUGCUAAGGUAGAUGGGAAGGAACUUUGGGAUUUGGGUCGUCCCCUGGAGGGCGACUGCACUGUUUCUUAUGUUCCCUUCGAGGACCCCGAGGGUAGGGAGGUUUUCUGGCAUUCUAGCGCUCACUGUCUAGGCGAAGCUUGCGAAUGCGAGUUUGGAUGUCUUCUUUCUCAUGGACCUCCCACCCCCCAGGGUUUCUUUUACGAUAUGGCCAUGCCCGAAAACCGUGUUGUUAAAGAGUCGGACUGGUCUACCCUUGAUAACAAGGCGUCUCGAAUCUUCAAGGAGAAGCAGAGCUUUGACCGAUUGGAAGUUACCAAGGAAAACCUCAAGAAGAUGUUUGCCUAUAGCAAGUACAAGCUACAUUACAUCGACAAGCUUGUUACUGGAGAAAAGAGUACCGUGUACAGAUGUGGUACCCUAGUUGAUCUCUGCAGAGGUCCUCAUAUUCAAAGCACUGGCAAGAUCAAGACAUUUAAGAUCAUGCAGAACUCUUCUGCAUACUUCCUUGGUGAUCAAUCCAACGAUUCUCUUCAGCGCAUUCGUGGAGUUGCUUUCCCGGAUAAGAAACAGAUGCAGGAACACCUGAAGUUUUUGGAAGAGGCUGAGAAACGCAACCAUUUGAGAAUCGGCAAAGAACAAGAACUUUUCUUCUUCGAUGAGGUUUCUCCGGGAUGCCCUUUCCUGCUUCCCAAUGGUACCAAGAUUUUCAAUGCACUCCAGACACUUCUUCGGUCCGAGUACCGCAAGCGAGGAUACCAAGAAGUCCAGACUCCCAACAUGUAUGAUGUGGGAAUCUGGAAGACUUCUGGUCAUUGGGCUCACUACAAGGAUGACAUGUUCAAGCUUGAUGUUGAGAAGCGGGAGUGGGCCCUUAAGCCCAUGAACUGCCCCGGCCACUUCGUUCUCUUUGGCCACCGCGAAAGAAGUUACAGGGAGCUUCCAUUGAGAAUUGCGGACUUUGGUGUCUUGCACAGAAAUGAGGCAUCAGGUGCGCUGAGUGGUCUCACCCGGGUUCGCAAAUUCCAGCAAGACGAUACCCAUAUUUUCUGUGCUCAGGACCAGAUCGAAUCCGAAAUUGCGGGUCUCUUUGACUUCCUGCAAUCUAUCUACGGUCUUUUCGGCUUCACUUUCAAACUGAAACUCUCUACUCGUCCCGAGAAGUACCUUGGUGAGCUGUCGACCUGGGACUACGCCGAGGAGCAGCUAAAGAAAGCCAUGACCAAAUUUAAGGGCAAGGACUGGAUUAUCGAUGAGGGAGACGGUGCAUUCUAUGGCCCUAAGAUCGACAUCACAAUUGCUGACGCUCUCAAGAGAGAGUUCCAGUGUGCCACCAUCCAGCUUGACUACCAAGCUCCUAUUAACUUCAAACUUGAAUAUAUGGCUGGUGAAAAGGGCCAGUCUGCUGGUGAUGAGAAGAAGCCGGAAGGUGAAGCCAAGUCCAACGAACCUGGAGCCGGUCGUGCCCGACCCGUUGUCAUCCACCGUGCUAUCAUCGGUAGUUUCGAGCGUUUCUUGGGUAUCCUGAUUGAACAUUUCGGCGGCAAGUGGCCAUUCUGGAUCAGCCCUCGCCAAAUUCUCAUUGUCCCCGUCAUGCCCUCGGUGAACGACUAUGUCGAAGAGCUGCAAGAGAUCCUUCGUGGAGACAAGCUCAAUGUUGAUAUUGAUAUCAGCGGAAACACCAUGCAGAAGAAGAUCCGCACUGGACAGCUGGCACAGUAUAACUUCAUUUUUGUUGUUGGUGCCCAGGAGAAGGAGAGCCGUACUGUCAACAUCCGUAACCGGGAUGAUCCCGCCACCCAGAACAAGGGCAUCAUGGUCCCUCUUGAAGAGGCUCGCGAGAAGCUUCGGGCUUUACGUAAGGAGCGCCGACUGGUCAACUCUCUCUAAUUUUGCUUCCCGAUUCUGUUCCUCUUUUCCCCAACAUUCCUUAUCCAAGACCCUGGGGAUUGAGGAUUGCAACCACGUUAUAUUAUAUGAGCCAUAUGGGCUGCCAGCAAUAUAGUGGUGUGGUGGUGUUUCUGGUGUUUCAAAAUUAGGGAAGAAAAUAGGAAGAACCAGACCAUGAAGCUAUGAAGGAGGGGGAAAUUCAUUAUUGACGUAUUUCUAGCCAUGCAUUGAGAUGUAGAAGACUUUCAUCGUACCUGUUGAUUCCUGUACAUAUCCGAGUAGAGGGUUUCUCCUGUGUAACUAUUUUUAACUGUG